AUGCAGCAAACGUGUCGGCAAGAGAUCUCCUGUAUCCGCAAACGUGGGCUGGCUUUGGGGCUCCUUUCGUUUGGUGUCUUGGGUAGCCUGAUAGCUUUGAAGCUGCACGGGGUGGAGGGCCCUGGCUUUUGGAUGUUGGGCUUGUCAUUGGGCUUGCUGCUGGGUGUGGUCCAUGUUCCUGAAAGCGGCGUGCUGCGGAAUGUGCCCACUUGUUGUCGCUGGGGCUUUGGCGGAGUCGUUGUGCUUUUCACGGUCUAUUCCGCCACAUAUCCUUGGCAUCGGUUCCCAUCCUACCUGGGUUCUUAUCAUGAAAGCGCCAUGAAGGACAAGUGGAUGUUGUUUGUUGCUUUGAUGAUCUUGGCCUUUGUUUGUAUUCUUUGCCUGGUGAAGCCACAUCCUCCUUCGACCUACGCGCACGAUGCCAAGUGGUGUAUGUUUGGAAUGCUCUUCGCUGUUCUCACUUACCACAGCUUUGGCGAGGCCCAUGCGUCCGUGUCAACUGGAAGCUUCCGACUUGCUUUGUCCACGGCAGUGCAUGGAGUGGUACUCGCUUGGGUGAUGAUCCUGCUGGAGGCUCGCAUGAGGCUACUGAGCAAUCGGUCAACAGCUUGGGUUUGGAUCUAUGUCAUGUGUGGCCUGUACGUGUCGAGCCCCAUCAGCAAAUGCAUCAGCCGCAGAUGGAACGACAAGCUGGGGCAGAUAACCUUUUUGCUCACCAGAUACCUGUUCCUUUGCAUGUGGACGUUUUACAGCAUCCGCACCUGUCGGACCUUACUGCGAGGCUUGCAGGCCUUGCGGUCCGAGAGCAGGCGUGUGAGUGGCGUUCCCGAGCAGCAAGCCAAGUGGGCUGCACAGGUCCUGCAGAUGGAAUUGUUUCUGGGUGCUGGUGUUUUUCUGAUGAUUUUCCUGACCGUGUUCAUCAUCAAUUGCAUUCGCAUCAUUGAGCUCGUGCGUCCGGAAUACUACGAGAGGAACUUGGAUUCUUACUGGACCUAUGCCACGGGCUUUCACUGUUUGAACUCGGUGGUGGUCACGGUGAAUUUGGCCCUCUUCUCAGGGAUCCUUUGGCAGGGAAGCCCUCCUGGCGAGAGUGAGCUUGACUGCUCCCCAAAGGCGCCCAGCAUCUCCAUGUUAGACUUUCUGGACGGGUCCCAGCGAGCCGUUUACACCCAGAAGGUCUCGGACCUGGCUGGGCGCGGUGUCCACUUACGCUUCCUACUGAACUUCUGGGAAGAGCUCCUGGAUGGUCAUUUGAUGCCCAGCUUCGACCCUCGCCGGUCCCAGACCAACGACGUGGUGCGACAGGCCAUCAUUCCCUCAUCUCGGGUGGGAGAUCGCGGCCGUGCAUUGGCAGAGAUUUGGGAAGAGCGGCCGGUACUUCCGCAGAACAUGGUCACGCACCACUGGAAGAACCGAUUCGCCCAUUUGCUGGGAGCGAUCUUGGCCGAUGCUCUCCACAUGCACACCUAUGCCGAGCUCGCUGAAGAACUGGCGACGCCUGACGGGGUAGCAUCCAUCCGAGAGAAAUUGCAGAAGGCCAACGUGCUGGAGGCCACUUAUUGGGUUUGUGCUUUUUCAGUGAAUCAACAUGCCAGCAUUUGUGGAGGUUAUGGACCUGAACCGACUCAAGGCACUUCACAAUGGACCGAGUGGGACGAGAAAAGGCACGACUCCGUGAGUUUGCAGCGCUUUGAGCUAUGCAAGUGCCGUGAGGUGAAGCGGUUGAGCCAUCGCGAUGCAGCCUGUGAGCUCAACAAGUUCGACGACAUGAUCUGCUUCCUCUCACAAAACGUCUUUGGCUUUGAGCAGCUGAUUGUCGUAGACAAGCGCUUCGACGUUCUCUACAGAGCGUGGUGUGUGGCUGAAAUUGUCGAGGGGCAUGCUUUGCGUAUACCUGCAAAGAUUCAAGUCUUCUCCCAGAAUGCCGUGGAUUGCAACUAUGACCGCCUAUCUUUGUUGGAUGUGCGGCAAUGUUCCGCAUCAUCGCAGAAUGACAAAGACUUCAUUUUGCGGAAGAUUGGGGAUAUAGAGGUGUUCAACUUGAAGUUGCAACAGCUGGUCUUCAGUUCCGAAGGCCUUUUCUGUGAAUGGGUCGAUGGCAAGGAGCGCUCGCGGUUGGUGGGGCGAAUCUUGCGAAGAUCAGCCUGUACUCGAAAGAAUCUUCAUGAUGAUGAGCUCUCUGAGGCUUCCACCAGCUCGGAGGAAUCAGAUGAAGCUCUUGCCACCUUCACGGGGAGCUGCGACUGA